UACAUGUACUAAAGGCGUGGGAGACGCAAGUGAAAGUAAAACUUAAACGAAUCAUUUUUAUCUUGCGUUGUAAGAACGUAUGAGUAAGCAGCUUGUCUUAGUCUAAUUCACUUUUAGUAGCCUAUCUUAAAUACUUUCGAGUUUUCAUGUACUCUUAUGUAGACUUACGGAGACCAAAUGAAGAUCAAGAUGAGGGCUCUCUGUUUGUUUCUGUCGUUGAUCUGCGCUAUCAGGACCGAAGGUUUGUCAGUGCGAGGUCCUGCGAUGCCACUACAUGUCCAGCUGGGGGCGUCUGUGACGUUGCCCUGCUCUGUGGAUACCGCAAUACCUCUGCGUGAGCUGCAGGUGCAGUGGAUGAGGGAAGAUUCUGGAAGCCUGGUGCAUCUGUUCCUGGAAGGAGUGAGUCGGCCAGAAUCACAGAGCCCAGCGUACAGCGGCAGGGCCGAGUUUUUCACUGAAGAAAUCUCCAAAGGAAACUUCUCUCUGCUGCUUAGGAAUGUAACCACCAAAGACAAAGGAAUGUACAAGUGUGUAGUUCACACUGCACGCGAGUCUAGUGAAGCAAAGGUGAAAUUAGAUACUGAGUGGCUGGUGGUGACUGGUGCAGAUGUGCCUGUAUUUGCAUAUGCUGGUGAAGAUGUGAUUCUGAACUGCUCAGUGGACACCCAUGUUCCUCUCAGAGAGUUAGAAGUAGUGUGGAUGAAGACAAAUGAAGAAAUCCAGGUGCUGCUGUUUAUGGAGGGGCGGUACAGACCGGAGUCACAGCCUGAGAGAUUCAGAGGGCAUGCUGAGUUCUUCAGUGAGGAGAUUCCCAAAGGCAACUUCUCAAUGAAACUGAGGGAUGUAAAAACUGAAGACAGAGGGGAAUUCAUGUGCAUAGUCCAUACAGACAGAGAAUCAGUCAAUGCAACGGCUUGGCUACAAGAACAGGGUUUUUCCACCUUACAUUGGUGUGUCCUGGGUUUAACCAUGGCUGCUGCAGUUUUUGCAGUUUCAAGCUGCAUUCCUGCUGUUUGCUGGAUAAAAAAAGCACUAAAAAAAAAAGAAAAAAAGAAAGAGGAGGAGGAAGAUGAUGAAGAAGAGGAAGAAGAUGAGGAGCUAAUAGUUAGUCAAAGACCCGCCAUUCCCGCCCUGCAUGGAAAUGUAGGCAUGGCAACCACAGAAACAUCUGGAAGAAGAGACUGUUGCGAGUGGGGUGAUGCGUGGUUUGCAUAACACGCAAAUCCUCCAAAACCAAGGAAAUUGUAGAAUGUCACUUUAAUCCAAGUAUCUGUCUCUGCAGACUGGAGUAGCGGGUAUAUUGACAGCAUGGGGCGUUCCAGCAGCAAAAGGGGCGUUUCGACAGCAUGUUUCCAUUGG